CACAGAAGCACAUCCCUCAGCACGUCCCCGCGUGACCCGGAAGUGCACUCGAUCUGUCUUUGUGUUUGUGUUUAGCUGCUCUCUGUCAAACAUCAGCGGCGAUGAAGGUUAAGAGACUUUAUCAAGAUAAAUGUUUAUCAUAAUCAUCUGUCAGAUGAUGGACGAAACCUUCUCUCUCUGACCCUCCUGAACCUGAUUACAUCACGCUGAAUCCAUGCUUUCUGAUGAACUUGACUCCAAACCUGAGUGUUCUCUGGUCCUGCAGCUGCUGGUUGAGUUUGUUCAGAACGCGUCCAUCCCGCUGGGCCAGAGUCUGGAGGAGCCGGACAAACCCUCCUGCGUCCCGCUGCUGUCGCCCGCUCACGCCUCCUUAUGCAGCCCGCUGGAGCUGCCAGAGAGCGCUCUUAGCCAUGCCGCGUCUCCGGCGCUGUCAGAGUUCGGCCCCGAGCGAAGCCCGCUGGUGGUUCAGCUGCAUCAACCGUCUCCCUCGCCUCCAUCACAAACACCCACAAUCCUCCAGGACCUGCAGAACCAUGACAGCACUUCCUACGUCCUGCUCAACCUGGCCAAAGGAUUGGCCGCGUCGGCCGAGCCGCUGGUGUUUGUCCAGGAUGACGUGGACGAGGCGCAGGAGGAGAUCUCGGCCGGAGACUGUGCGGACGGCGGCGCUCCGUGGUACCUGCGGGUCCAGGAACUGGCGCACGACAGCCUGAUCGCCGCCACGCGUGCGCAGCUGGCGAAGGAAGCCCGGGCCGGCGGUAACAGUGACCACCUUCUCAGCUGUCAAUCAGAGGGGCCGAAGAAAGAGCAGCUGCCUCGAGUCGCUCGCACGGCUUCGGAGAAGAUCCACCGCUGUCCGUAUGAGAGCUGCCACAGGACCUUCACCUAUCCUGCGCACCUGAAGUACCACCUGAAGACACACAGGAACGACCGCACAUUCCGCUGUGGAGCCGAGGGUUGUGGGAAGAGUUUCUAUGUGCUGCAGAGGCUGCAGGUUCACAUGAGGAUCCACAACGGAGAGAAACCCUUCAUCUGCAAUGAGAAGAACUGCGGCAAGAGAUUCACCACCGCCGGCAACCUGAAGAACCACAGACGCACACACACCGGUGAAAAGCCCUUCCUGUGUGACGUGGACAGCUGCGGUCGAUCUUUCGCUGAAUAUUCCAGUCUGCGCAAACACAUGCUGGUACACUCUGGUGAAAAGCCGCACGUGUGCUCCAUCUGCGGGAAGACGUUCUCUCAGAGCGGCAGCAGGAACGUCCACAUGAAGAAGAGACACGGCCGGGAAACCGGUGAAGCGCUCACUCACAGCAGCUUGCUGGAGGCUGACGGAGGCAGCAGUGAUGCUCUGGUGAACAUGAAUCUGCAUCACGCCAUGUUACGAACGCAAGGUCCGGCGGAUCCGGUCGUGGUUCUGACUCCGCCUCAUGACCUGGUCACCAUGACGACAGCGCACACGUACAGCGAUGACGUGGUGGCGCUGUUGUAGUCGUUGUUUUUGUAAAUAAACUAUUUUAGGAAACAUCA